AUGCAUUUUUUCGAAUACAGUCUCGGUAUGGAACCAAAAGUGGGCAUGGAAUUUGUUGAACGUACUAUGAAAAAUAACCAAGACAUUGUUGGCGUUAUUUUUAUUAUGACUAUUGAUCAAAGUAACAUAUCAACUUCGAAUACUCCAUUUGCUAUGAUUGAUGAACACAGUGCUAUUCCAUCAGAACAAGAAAUACUAUUUACAAUGCACACUGUUUUUCGUGUCAUUGAAAUUAAACGGACGCCUAACAAUAAUCGACUUUGGGAAGUACACUUGACUAUUACUGAUGAUAAUGAUCCACAACUUUCUACUCUUACCAAUCGUAUUAAACAGGAGAUUAGUGGUACAGGAUGGUAUCGAAUGGGUAAAUUGAUGCUGCAAGUAGGUCAUUUCGAUCAAGCUGAGGAACUCUACAAUGAAUUACUCAAGAAUGCCUCUACUAAUAGCAAUAGAGCACAUAUCUAUCACCAACUUGGACGCUUGAAACACCAGCAAGGGAAAUACCCAAAAGCAGUUAAAUUCUACGAAAAAUACCUCGAGAUCAAGCGGAAAACUCUUCCAGAAGAUGAUGCUUCAUUGGCUUCUACUUGUGGUAACAUCGGUUUAGUGUAUAAAAACAUGAAUAAAUACUCGAAAGCACUUGAAUUUUACGAAAAAGCACUCGAAAUAACGAUAAUAUCUCUGCCUGCGAAUCAUCCCGAUUUGGCUACUUCCUACAACAACAUCGGUGCAGUGUAUGACGGCAUGGAUGAAUACCCGACAGCACUGGAGUAUUACGAAAAAUCACGCAAACUAAGGGAAAUAUAUCUGCCUGCGAAUCAUCCCGAUUUAGCUACUUCCUACAACAACAUCGGUCUAGUGUGUGACAACAUGGGUGAAUACUCGAAAGCACUUGAAUUUUACGACAAAGCAAAUAAAAUCAAUCAGCAAUCACUUCUUGCUAAUCAUCCUCACAUAGCGUCUGGCUACAACAACAUUGGUACGACGUAUUACAGAAUGGGUGAAUACUCGAAAGCACUUCCACUUCUAGAAAAAGCACUUAGUAUUUUUCGAAAGUCACUUCUUGAAACACAUCCAAAUAUUCAAGUUGUAUUGAAUAGUAUAGAAGAAGUGAAAAAGAAGUUGUAA